AGUGGGGUUGGUUUUGGUGUUAGCCUGACGCUAGUUAGCUACCCAGCUAACGAAACAAACACACUCUCUCUCUUUGAUUCGUUGUCACUUGCAUGUCUUGUGGUAAUUAAAGUAGACUCUUCAACACACGAUAAUUAUUUUCAAAGAAAGCCGUGGUUUCCAUCGUGGCGGACACCGGCACCGACAGAAACUUAACGUUAGUUAGUUGCUUCUGAUGUGAAUUCUGAAUAAGGUAGCAAUGGACCACCACAAUCCCAACUCAAGUCACCACAACCGCUACUCAGCAUACACAAGAGAGAGGGGUGACAGUGGAGGAAAUCACAGCAGGAUUAAACAUUCAAGAUCAGCUCGCCACCAGCAUCAGUCUGGGCCAGCUUUUUGGCAAAACCCACUCAGCUCACAGGGUUUGAGCACCAGAAAAGAGCUAUAUGAAAGAGACUUUCCUGUUUACAAACAGCCUGUCGAAGUAGGAUGUUUUUCCCUCGACUCUGAACGUAGAUUCUUUAACGACAGCAGACAGAUGAGAUACUAUGUGGAGCCUGACAGAAAUCCUAACUUUGACCUGAAGGAUGGAUACAAGGACCGCUUCAUAAAGAGAAAUGAAAGUGUGGUGGAGAGGCUGGACCUAAUGCUCCGCUGGAUCUUGGCCAACAGAUCAAAAGUCAGCUCAAAGGCCACCACAGUCUCAUCAUGUGCUUUAGAUGCUGACUUUGUGACAUGGCGUGGUCAUCUCACCAAGCUGCUGACAACUCCCUAUGAGACAAGGGAGGGCUGGCUGCUGGCGGUCACGAGGUUCAGGGGCACGCUUUACAUCAGUGAAGUGGAAACAGAAGCUGCCCGCAGGGAGCGAGACAACCGCACUGAGAGGCAUGAGGAGAUGAUGUACUGGGGCUACAAGUUUGAGCAAUACGCAUGUGCAGAUAACGUACACAGUCUACCCGACCCAGGCGGAGUGGUUAACACUAAUGAGGCUUUCUGCACUGUGGUGCAAACUCGGCUCGCAAAUCACAGUCUUCUGUUCUCCGGUGAGGUGGACUGCCGGGAUAAAGAUCCCAAUUCUCCAGUUCCUCCUGCAUGCUACGUCGAGCUGAAGACCUCUGCAGAGAUCUGCACCCCCAAACAGCGCAGCAACUUCCACAGGUUCAAACUGCUCAAGUGGUGGGCCCAGUCUUUUCUCCCCGGAGUCCCUCGUGUUGUGGCAGGUUUUCGGGAUCACGACGGAGUGGUUGUUGCCGUGGAGACUUUUCUCAUCUCUAAGAUUUCACAUCUCAUCAGGAACGAACACAACUGCUGGAAGCCAACGGUCUGUAUGAACUUCUGUUGUGAUUUCCUGUCUUUUGUUAAGGCUACAGCUACUGAAGACAAUCCAGGUGUGGUGUACCUGUUCUCCUAUGAGCCCUACAGAGAUGUGACCUACUCCGUCCACAGGGACUCCCAGUAUUCCUUUCUGCCACACUGGUAUGUGGAGGAGAUGACCAGUAUUAAGGACUGAUUUACAACUGAUACAUGGUCAACUUGGACCAUUAAUUCAGACCUCCAAUGCAGGGUUAUUUCCCAAAAUACAUUUGAUGUGUAUCGAGUUUAACUCAUCCUCUGAGAGUAGCUUUGUGAGUUCAUUUUAUCUCAAAUCAUUUUUUGUUUUCAGUACUACUUUUUUCUUUUUUUUUACUGUAAAUAAAACAGUCAUUACUCUUUCAAUAGUGUU